AUUUUAAACUGCAAAAAAGUAGGUGAGAAGCAUUUUAAAUGCAAGUGAUAGAUGAUCUCUGUUAACAUUGGUGUUUUUCCUCCCAUUUUCCAGUAGGGUUGUGUGCCUGCAACUGGGACAGCCAUGGAGAAAAGUGGGAACAUUCAGCUGGAGAUUCCUGACUUCAGCAACUCUGUCCUGAGCCACCUAAACCAGUUACGUAUGCAGGGUCGCCUGUGCGACAUCGUGGUCAAUGUGCAGGGGCAAGCUUUCCGCGCUCACAAGGUGGUGCUGGCUGCCAGCUCGCCCUACUUCCGUGACCACAUGUCCUUGAACGAAAUGAGCACCGUGUCCAUUUCUGUCAUCAAGAACCCUUCUGUUUUCGAGCAGCUCCUUUCCUUCUGCUACACCGGUCGGAUAUGUCUGCAGCUGGCUGACAUCAUCAGUUACCUAACGGCCGCCAGUUUCUUGCAGAUGCAGCACAUCAUAGACAAAUGCACACAGAUUCUUGAGGGAAUCCAUUUCAAGAUCAAUGUGGCAGAGGUGGAAGCAGAAUUGAGCCAGACCAGGACAAAGCAUCAGGAGAGGCCACCUGAGUCUCACCGGGUGACGCCACCUCUAAACCGUUCUCUGAGCCCGCGUCACAACACCCCGAAGGGGAGUCGCCUGGGCCAGGUGAGCACAGUGCUGGACAUUCGGGAGCUCAGCCCGCCUGAGGAGUCCACCAGCCCCCAGAUAAUUGAGCAGAGUUCAGAUGUGGAAAGCAGGGAGCCCAUACUACGGAUUAACAGAGCAGGACAGUGGUACGUUGAGACAGGACUGGGAGACCGCGGGGGACGGAGUGACGACGACGUCCGGCUGAUGGGAGGAGUGCGCAUUAAAACGGAGAACCUGGAGGAGUGGCUCGGGGCAGAGCAUCAGCCAUCAGGAGAAGAUGGGAGCAGCGCUGAGGAGGUCACUGCUAUGGUGAUAGACACCACAGGCCAGGGACCGAUGUGCCAAGAGGCUUAUGCAUUAGGGUCCUCCGGGACCAAAGUGGUCAGGCCGACCAGCAGUGAGAUUGACAGAUUUAGCCCUUCUGGCAGCAUGGUUGCUGUGACUGAGCGGUACAGAUCAAAAAGCGAGUCUCCCGGGCGGAUGGAUGAGCCCAAGCAGCCCAGUUCCCAGGGGGAGGAAUCGGCCAUGCUGGGAGUGAGCGGUUACGUGGAGUAUCUGCGGGAGCAGGAGGUUUCGGAGCGCUGGUUCCGCUACAACCCGCGCCUCACUUGCAUUUACUGUGCCAAAUCCUUCAACCAGAAGGGCAGCCUGGACCGGCACAUGCGCCUGCACAUGGGCAUCACGCCCUUCGUCUGCCGCAUGUGUGGCAAGAAGUACACCCGCAAGGAUCAGCUGGAGUACCAUAUCCGCAAGCACACGGGCAACAAGCCCUUCCACUGCCAUGUCUGCGGCAAGAGCUUCCCUUUCCAGGCCAUCCUCAACCAGCACUUUCGCAAGAACCACCCCGGCUGUAUGCCUCUGGAGGGGCCCCACAGCAUCUCCCCCGAGACCACCGUCACGUCUCGGGGGCAGGCAGAGGAGGAGUCUCCUCCGCAGGAGGAGGCCGCCGCUGUGGGCGAGACGGCACAGGGAUCUGUGUCCACCACUGGGCCAGAUUGAGACAGGGCUGCAGAGUCUGGGGAGAAAGGACCAUCUUCCCGGUUCGGCUCUCAAGAGACAGCACCAACCUGGCAGGCUGGUACUGUAAUUUGUGCAAUGCCACCACUGGACAGAAAGAAGCUCCCAAGAUGUUGCCAAAAUAGAAGUAUCUUUCUCUCUCUCUCUCAGUUUCUCUCACACACCCCCACACACACACGUAGAGUGUUAAACGUUUUUCUCCCUUACUCGUCCUCCUCAGGGAGAAAAACCAAACAACUGUGUCAAUCAGCUUCUUAUUCAGGGAUCGACAGGAUUUAACCUUUUUGUACCGUUCCGUAGCGAUCUGGGACGAGCAGUCGUUUGUAUUCCUCGAUGGCGUUUUGGCCCUGCAGCCCUGCUGGGCCUGGCGUG